UUGAGAAAUCGAUUCUAUCGUCUGCCACAUGAAUUUGACUAUUCAUGCCUGAAUUAGAUUCGCGCGAAAUUGAUAACAGUUUUUGGCGCGGUUGUGUUUGUGUCUAUGACUGAAAGGCAAAGAGCUGAAACGUUUUUUUGGUAAGUGAUUUCUGAUAAUUACUUUAUCACAAUGGGAAUCCAUGGACUUGCAAAGCUCAUUGCAGAUCACGCGCCUUCAGCCAUCAAGGAGCAAGAUAUUAAAAACUACUUUGGCAGGAAAAUUGCUAUUGAUGCGUCCAUGUGCAUCUACCAGUUCUUAAUCGCGGUCAGACAGGACGGGAAUGUGUUGCAGAAUGAAGAUGGAGAGACCACUAGCCACCUCAUGGGGAUGUUCUACAGGACCAUCCGAAUGCUGGAGAGCGGCAUCAAGCCAGUUUAUGUGUUUGAUGGCAAGCCACCUCAGCUGAAGUCAGGAGAACUGGAGAAGAGAGGCGAGAGACGAGCAGAGGCUGAGAAACUUCUAGCUCAGGCACAAGAAGCAGGUGAACAGGAGAACAUUGACAAGUUCAGUAAGCGACUAGUGAAGGUUACCAAACAACACAAUGACGAGUGCAAGAGGUUACUGACUCUAAUGGGAGUCCCUUACAUUGAGGCUCCAUGUGAGGCCGAGGCGAGCUGUGCUGCUCUGGUGAAAUCAGGGAAGGUUUAUGCCACAGCGACAGAAGAUAUGGACGGUCUGACGUUUGGAACAACAGUCCUGUUGAGGCAUCUAACAGCCAGUGAAGCCAAAAAACUCCCUAUCCAAGAGUUUCAUUUCAGUCGUAUUCUACAGGAAAUGGGUCUGACACAUCAACAGUUCAUUGACCUGUGUAUCCUCCUGGGCUGUGACUACUGUGGCACUAUAAAAGGAAUCGGACCCAAGAGGGCCAUUGAUCUCAUUAAACAGCACGGCUCCAUUGAAGAGAUCCUUGAGAAUAUUGACCCAAAUAAGCACCCGGCUCCAGAGGACUGGCUGUAUAAAGAGGCUCGGGGUCUCUUCUUGGAGCCCGAGGUCAUUGACGGCCCCUCAGUUGAUCUGAAGUGGAAUGAACCUGACGAGGAUGGACUGAUUCAGUUCAUGUGUGCUGAGAAACAGUUCAGUGAGGAUCGUAUCCGUAACGGCUGUAAGAAAAUCAUGAAGAGUAGACAAGGGAGCACCCAGGGAAGACUGGACACAUUCUUCACUGUAACUGGAUCAAUCUCCUCCAAGCGUAAGGAGCCUGAAAUAAAGGGAUCUGCUAAAAAGAAGCAGAAGACGCCAGGCAAAUUCAAGAAAGGCAAAUGAAAGUGAUUUCAGCUAGAGGAGUCCAGAGCUUGUAGUGUCAUUAACAGUCAAAACAUGUCUGAUUAAGGAAAAAACACAAGAACAGUUAAAAAUGUUUUAAAUGCCCUAUUUUCGUUUUCUAUAUUAUCUUAAAUAAAGAUAAAUAUUUAAUCAUACAA